AUGGGUGUCACGUUACUCAUCGACAACUACGACUCGUUCACCUGGAACGUCUACGCCGACAUAGCUGUAUUGGGGGGUAAUCCGGUGGUAGUGAGGAAUGAUAAGAUCACUCUGGAACAGAUCGAGGAAAUGUACAACUCCGGUGAACUCGAACGUAUAAUGAUCUCACCAGGACCAGGACAUCCUCGGACGGACAGUGGGAUAUCUAGAGAUGCGAUCAAAUGGGGUAUUGGCAGAUUACCCAUAUUGGGUGUCUGCAUGGGUCUGGAAUGUAUAGUGGAUCUACUGGGAGGGGAGAUCGCAUACGCAGGAGAGAUCAAACACGGUAAAUCCUCUUUGGUCCAACAUGAUUCCAUCGGUAUCUUCCACGACUUGCCACCAUUGUUAUCCUCUGUCCGUUACCAUUCCCUAUCCGCCCAACUAUUAUCCUUACCACCGAUCUUACAAGUGUCCUCAACUACACAGGAAUCAGGUGUGAUCAUGGGUGUGAGACACAGAGAAGCCACGGUAGAAGCUGUUCAGUAUCACCCGGAGUCAUGUAAGAGCGAAGGGGGGAAAGGGUUGAUGGCGAAUUUCUUAAAGUUGAAAGGCGGUAAAUGGGGUGGUGAGAACGCUUGGUGUGGUGUAUUACCUACUACCCCUGGCAAAGACGAACAAUCAUCUACAAUUCCAAAUGGGUCCGCUCAACCUUCGGCUUCGGGUUCAUCCUCUGCGCCAUCUUUACCUACCAUCCUCAACAAGAUCCAUGCCCAAAGGUUGCUAGAUGUAGAAGAAACUUCGAAAGUAUUAGCUACCACUCCAGCAAAUAUCACCAAAUCCCUAUCACUUCACACAUCUCCACCAUUAAUUUCAUUCGUUGAUCGAAUCAAGUCGACUCCUCAUACAGCCAUCAUGGCCGAGAUCAAACGAGCUUCACCAUCCAAAGGGGAUAUCGCCCCUGACGCAUCAGCACCUUCACAAGCUUUGAAAUACGCCUUGGCAGGUGCUUCAGUGAUAUCAGUAUUGACUGAACCUAAAUGGUUCAAAGGAUCUUUGCUCGAUAUGUUAUCCGUUAGAAAUGCUUUAGACUCAUUACCCAAUCGACCGGCAAUUCUACGAAAAGACUUCAUCCUGUCCAAAUAUAUGAUUGACGAAGCUAGAUUAUACGGUGCCGAUACUGUUUUGCUCAUCGUUGCGAUGCUUGAGCCCACCCAGUUGAAAGAAUUAUAUGAUUAUUCGGUAUCGGUAGGAAUGGAACCAUUGGUAGAAGUGAAUAAUACGAAAGAGCUGGAAUUGGCGUUAGAGAUAGGAAGUAAAGUGAUAGGAGUUAAUAAUAGGAAUUUACAUGACUUCAAUGUGGACAUGUCGACUACGUCCAGGGUGAAUGCCGCUUUAGAUGGAAGGGAUGUCAUCCUCUGUGCGUUAAGUGGGAUAUCGUCACCUGAGGAUGUACAGAAAUAUGUGAAAGAGGGAGUAAAAGCUGUCUUGGUUGGUGAAUCGUUGAUGAGAGCGAAAGAUACAGGGAAAUUCUUAAGGUCGUUAAUUGGUUUACCACUUGAAGAUGAGAAAAGGAUAGAAGAGAAACCUUUAGUGAAGAUUUGUGGAAUUAGAUCAGUCGAAGAUGCUGAAAUUGCCAUUGAUGCUGGAGCAGAUCUAUUAGGGGUGAUAUUGGUACCGAAUGCCAAGCGAAGGAUCUCGUUGGAAGUAGCUAGGGAUAUAUCGGAUUUGGUGAAAGCGACCAGAUCAAAAUCUGAUCUAAGCCGAACGAGUCCAGAACAGUCUACUUCGACAGGUAACGAACCGUGGUUUACGUUCAAUUUCAACCGACUAUCUCAACGUAAAAAACCCUUGUUAGUGGGUGUAUUCCAGAAUCAACCUUUGUCGGAGAUAUUGGAUGCAGUAGAUGAAAUUGGAUUAGAUAUCGUUCAAUUACAUGGUGAUGAAUCUCAACAAUUGGCCAAAUUCAUCCCUGUACCUGUUAUAAAGGUAUUCAAGAUACCGACGUCGCCUUCCCUCACUGGAGAAGUGGUGGUCAGUGGAAGAGGAGAGAUAGGUCGACCUGGUUUGAAUCAGUUUAUUUUGUUGGAUUCAGCUGGGAAAGGUGGUGAAGGGAUCUCGUUCCCUUGGGAAAACGCUAGAAAAGUCAUUGAAAAGGGUGAGAAUGGGUCGGAAGGAUCUGUGAAAUUACCAAUUAUCUUAGCCGGAGGAUUGAAUCCGACCAAUGUGCGAAAAGCUAUUGAAGUUGCUGGUGGAUCCGAGGGAGUGAGGAUGGUUGAUGUUAGUUCGGGAGUGGAGAGGGAUGGAGGGGAUGGGAAAGACAGGAGCAAAGUGGUGGAGUUUGUGAGGGCUGUGAAGGGACAGAUAUAA